AUGGAUGACUGGGACAACGUCACACGGAUUGGCAAGAGCGUGCGGGGCCCUGCUGCCGCACGCGAGACGGUCGUUCGCAGCGCCAGCGCCCUCAACGCCGCCAAGCGCAGCGGUGCAGCCAUCUCCACGGAGAAGAAGUUCUCGACAGGCAAUGCUGUUGGCAAGGGUCCUGAGGGCCAGCGACUCACCAAGGUCGACCGGUCCGACGACAUCAUCAAGCCCAACACCAUCGGCAAGGACGUCGGCGCCGUCAUCUCCAAGGCUCGCCAGGCCAUGGAGCCCAAGAUGACCCAGAAGGAUCUCGCCACAAAGUGCAACACCACACCCACCGUCAUCGCCGACUUUGAGCGGGGCUCCGCGGCGCCGGACCAGAAGGUCCUGUCCUCCAUGGAGCGCGUGCUCAACGUCAAGCUCCGCGGCACGGGCAUCGGCGAGCCCAAGUUCCCCAACAAGAAGAAGUAG